UUCCCUUCAUUUUUCUUUCUUUGUUUCUUUUUUCUUUCUCCCGGGGACUCAUCGUCACCCUUCCCGUCCCAUUCUGCUCCUGCAAGAGUCCUACCGAAAUCGACAACAACGGUACGAACCUUCGUCGUCUCCAUCUUGAUCUGCCCGCCCCACCCGCGCCAGCGGAAUCCUUCCAGCGCCCGCCCCACUCCGCGCAUCCGCCUCGCCUGAUCCGCCGUCCAGCUUCUGCCCCCGCCAGAUCAGAGCAGCGGGGUAGUCCCCAGGGACGUCGCACCCUGAUUCCGUCCAUCAGUUUUCAGUAAGCAUCUUUGGGGUACCAAGUUUGUUGUUAUUCUAGAAGAGAAAGUAUGCAGGCAUCUAGAGCUAGGCUUUUUAAGGAGUACAAGGAGGUGCAGCGGGAGAAAUCUGCUGACCCUGAUAUCCAAUUGAUAUGUGAUGAUUCAAACAUAUUCAAAUGGACUGCUCUCAUCAAGGGACCCUCAGAGACUCCUUAUGAAGGUGGUGUCUUCCAGCUUGCCUUUGCUAUCCCAGAGCAAUACCCUCUACUACCUCCCCAAGUUCGGUUCCUGACUAAAAUUUUCCACCCAAACGUGCAUUUCAAGACUGGUGAAAUUUGCUUGGAUAUCUUGAAGAAUGCAUGGAGCCCUGCAUGGACCCUCCAAUCCGUUUGUAGAGCCAUAAUUGCAUUGAUGGCUCAUCCAGAGGCAGACAGCCCACUUAACUGUGACUCAGGUAAUCUUCUACGAUCCGGUGACAUCAGAGGCUACCAAUCAAUGGCAAGAAUGUAUACAAGGCUCGCUGCAAUGCCAAAGAAAAGCUAAGUUCACAGGGUGUAAAUGGAUCAUGUAGGAUGCAUGGGGCAUGCCUUCAUUAAAUCUGUGACGUGAUUUUCAAACUGUGCCUGGACUUGUAAUGUAUCUGUUUAUUGCUUAACUUCGUUACAUUUGAUUCUAGAGAAUGCAUUUGCCCCGGGGGUGCUCGACUCAAUAUAACAAAAUCAAUCUGUAUC